GUGAAAGCGCCCAAGGUGGACACCACGACAGCCCGUCUCACGGACACCUCUGGGUACACAGGCUCCCACAAAGAAAGGUUUGACGAAAGUGGAAAGGGCAAAGGCAUUGAGGGACGUGCAGAAAGAGCUGACAACUCUGGAUAUGUCGGCAACUACAAAGGACAAGGCACCUUUGAUAAGAAAUAAUAAAUCAGUUUUUGAACUUACGGGUCAAGUCUGUUUUACAUAUAUAUCGGAGUGCAGCCCCUUUGUUUCACACACAGUGCAAGAUGUCUGAUCUAUUUAGUAGAGGCCUUUUCUGGUGAUGUGGAAGAAUUAUUUACUGCAAAACAAGUAAUUGUUUUGUUCACUCUUUCUCAUACGUUUCAAAUUUGUAAACUGGUAACGUUGAAUUAUUCCUAAUUAGUACAGAUUGACAGAAAAACAUUUACUGAGACCAGAGAUAACUUAAAAUAUAAGAUCCCAUGAAAAUGUGUGUCCUCUGCAAGAAACGGAAAAGCAGAUGGGACUGACCCAAUAACCUGGACGGCCCAAAGAACCCUUUCCGUUCCCCUUCUCCUCCUUACAUCUACUUUAUAAAAUCGUGUCCAAGUUCUUUUGUACGCUUAAAAGAAUUCUUUCAGGAAGCAAACACACGAUGAGUCCAAGGCCAUAGAAUACACAAUUAAUUAUUAGGCCUUGUCGUUUCCUGAUGAAAACUCAUAUUAAUAUAUCACAGCUGCAUUUAUGAUAAUUUGGCAGAUAUUUUCUCGUAAAAUGUACAUUUUUAUCAUAUGUCGUAAACUGUAAAGAGGGUAAGGGUGUGAAGAUGUUUAUAAUGUAUCUCACGACGGUACGCACUUUCUAACCCGUGAAUUGUUCAAUAGAGAAACAUAUUGAAUUUGACAUUUAAGUGGUGUAUUUUUGACCAUAUGUAAGUAAUCAAUUAUUCGUAGACACCCAGCCUUAUGCUAAGUGCCAUUCAAAACUUGCUGAAAUCUGCAAAACGAAUUGUAUCGUUUGCCCUAAACAUGCCUUGCAAUUGAAAUACAUUCCUUCUGGGUUUUUUUUCUCGUUACUGUGGGUAAUUAUUUAUAUGUUUAUUUUUUUACAUUUUCCUGUCAGCAAUCCAAUAUGUAUUGUGAGUUGUUUUUUUCACUUUCACUUCAUUAUUGUUUAUUUUUAAAAUUCUUUGAAGUGUGCUGCUGUAUUAGAAUAAACAAUAUGUAUAAACUGU